GAAGAAGAAGUAGAGGCUGACCAUCCUUCUCCACUGCACCACUCGUGGUUUUGUUUAUAAGUAUGCUCCCUCAUAGAUUAAAUCUUAUGUUGUAAAAACAUACCAGAUAUUCAUCUCUGUCUGUUCAACGAGGGCUGUCUGAGUGGUGUCAGUUAAACGCUGCACACGAUGACCACAGAGCCUGCCAGCCUGGAGAGCCUGGGGGUGCUGUUCCAGAGCGAUGACUUCAUCGUGGUGGACAAGCACUGGGACAUCCGCAUCGACAGCAAGAUGUGGUACGAGAAACACACCGUGCAGGCGCAGCUGCGGCACCGCUUCCCUCAGCUGGCAGACCCCAGCACCUACUAUGGAUUCAGGUUCUGUCAUCAGUUGGAUUUCUCCACAAGUGGGGCUCUUUGUGUGGCGCUCAAUAAAGCGGCUGCCGGCCGGGCUUACCGCUGCUUCAAGGACCGAACCGUCACCAAGGCCUACCUCGCCCUUGUACGUGGAUUGGUGGAAAAAGAGACACAAACUCUGGAAUUCUCCAUUGGCAAGAAUUCUUCAGAGGGAAAAACCCACAUGAUGUGUAUCGAGGGAACAGAAGGUUGUGAGAACCCGAAGCCUUGCCAAACUGAGCUGACGGUGUUGGAGUACGGGUUAUAUGAUGGAGACCCCGUCACAAAGGUCCUGCUGCAGCCGCUCACUGGCCGAACCCACCAGUUGAGGGUCCACUGCAGCGCUAUAGGUCACCCUAUUAUCGGGGAUUUCACCUACAGCUAUGGAGCAGACGACGCCCCGUACCGCAUGAUGCUGCACGCCCACUUCCUGCACAUUCCCCUAGAACCUGAUCCCCUGCUCGUCUCGGGUGAAGACCCCUUUCUCCCCACACUGGAUCCAAAAUGGCUCCCGCAGCGCUCUUUACGGACACUGACGACCACUGUGGAGGCGCUGCUGGAGCGGAGAUUACAGGAGGACAGGAAGAUCAAAGAGGAGAAGAGAGAGAGGGCGAGAAAGGAGGAGGAGAGAAGAAAAGGACGCAAGGAACAAAGGACUAAGGAGGAGAUUGAGGAGCAGACGAGGCAGUGUCAGGAGUGGCUGAGCGAAUGGGCUGGAGACUGAUGUGUUAUUUAUUAUUUAUUUGUAUUGUUUACCAAUGAAGGCCACGUUCAGCAUGCAAGCUCCAUCUCACUGCUUUCAGUGCUAAGGUUAGACUGAGCCGGGGCAUCGUAGCUGAGAAAAAGUGCCUUCCUCAAGUUCCUGUUGCUAAGUGAGGGAUGGGGUUGCUGCCAUAUCUUUUUCAUAUACAGGAAAAAGAGUAUGACUGUAAUACAUUGCUGAUAUCUUCUCUGGGCUAUGUAUGAAAUCGUUUUUUGCCCCAGUCCCAGUGUUGGUAAGUGCCUGUGUUGUCACCCACCCUGCAUGGCUGUAACAUCCAUUGAAUCCCAAGUAAAACUGUAUGAUCCAUGACUGCGA